CAGAACAAUGGCCAUGGAAAGACGUCGCAGAACAACCACCAGGCAGCCAGCGGGCCUGUAUGCUGAACUAGAAGAGCCAGCAGACAUUCGUCCAUCCUUCGUUCACCCGGAUAUCCCAUUCAACCCGCAUCUCACACGCCUGCUCCCCAAGCUGAAAUCACUCGCCAUGGAUGACAAGAGGCGUACACCCUCCGCGGCCUUGUCCAGGUUCUCAAGACGGACCAAUUUCGUCCUCUAUUCUCAGCACCGGGAUCCACGGUGCGACCCGGAAAAGAGCUACACCCCGCCAUACGAGCUUGACAGCGCCUUUGGGGAAACUUAUCAUCAACUGCCCGGGCUGACCAGUCGGGACAAGCAGGCCUAGGUGGUCCGCAUGAUCGACAAAGCCAGCAGGCUCUUGCAAAAGGAAUGGCAAGCGUACGAACUCAGGAUGCUGGAUAGGGCGCACGGCCGGAGUAAGUCGCCAGGGGCAGAAUGGCAGCGACAAUCCACCAAGGCUUCUACUUCGUCUACUUCGGGAUCAAGCAAACAAGACCACGACCCCAUGCUGAGUGAAUCGAGGCUUGGGGUAUCAGAAGUAGCAGCCCUAGACUCUGCUGCUGACGUGCCACUUCCAAGUAUUGAAAUCGAUGCAUCUUUCGACCUUGAACUGUUGCCAAAGAAGAGCCAAGAACAUUCUCAAGGUCACAGUCACAAUACAGUUUAUCACCAAUGGUCCGACCUACCCGAGAACAUUCGCCUCUGUAUUAUGAAAUUGAUGAGCGGACAUGUCGGUGCCAUUUGGGAAGCCCAAAGACUGUUAAUGCUUGACUUUGCAGAAAUCCAAGAUUUUGAGAGUUUGUACAUUCGAGAGCGAAACAAAUGUCUCGGAUACACUGAAGCCGUCAUGAAGGGCCUCGAGAGCAAGGAGGCACUUGUCGAAACUCUCAGACGUGCUGGGAGGGAGGCCUCUGCCGACAUCGAGCUGCUACGUUCAGAGCAAGCCGAGGAAUAUAGCCUAGUGAUCGACAAGGUCACAUCAGAGGAUGUGAUUGCUGGGAAGACAUUCCUUCAGAAUAUCGGCCUAUCUGACUUUGGUGUCAUGCUCGAAGGAUUCGAAGGUGUUUCGACAGGACCGAUGUUCGAGAUCGAAUUUCAGUUGUCGGGAGAAGUUGGAGUCCAACCUUUCCAGUUCGAGCUCGAUUGGAACUUGACCGUGGAAGAGGGGCUAAUAUGCUCUAGGGCCAACACUGAAGCCCGACAGAAGCCUGUAUCCCAUGGUUGGAUGCAUUUGAAGCGGGACCAGGACGAGUUGAAUCCUAACGUGAAUCCUGUGCACUUGCACUAUUCGAGUCUGUCUUUAAAGAAGUCCAUGAGUAGAGGGACGGAUAUUGAGCGAAGGCGCCAGAAUAACAGGCCACAUGAACCAGUGGGAGGCAACCUGCAGCACAAGCCCCUUAAGAACCAACCAGGAGUUAGUUCAUUCAGCAGGCUGACGCCAGUCUCCAAUUCGAGUUCCGAUGAUGUGUCAAAAGGAGCAACGCUCAAGCGGUCUGAUAAGCGGGAAGGUAUGGUUAUGCAACAGUCAGCUGUUACCAUGAGGACGGACGAUGUCGAUGGCGCAUUGAAAACUUUAGACAAAAAGCACAAUGGCAUGCCCAUUAUCACGGCUACUGCUCCUCCAGUCUCAACACAACAUCCAACCACCCCUACAAAAAUUGUCCUCAAAACGUCCGUCGGAAGGGGCAAGCGUGACGCACCGGAGGAAUUAUCUGGUCCUCAGAAGAAGGUCCGCAUAACACAGGGACAGGUGGUCAAGCAAUCCAGGUCUGCUGGUCUUGAGUGUCAAGACAAGCAGCACAAGAACCAAAACCAGCCGAAUGCUAUUGUCAAGGCAGUUUCCAGGGAAGCGGAAGUCCCGCCGACCAUCAACGCAGCCAGACUCAAAAGAGCUGCAGACCCGGUACCAAAGCCAACUAUUCAGAGGGAACUACAGGCCUGA